CGUGCGCUAUGCAAAUGAGACAGCUGUCCGAGAGGAAGGAUCUGCUCAACGGCUCUGCGGGCUGAAAAUGGCGGACGAUGAGACUAGUCUCGGAACGGCCUUUUCAGCCGCCUCCGAUAUGGAAGAACCUGCCGCGAAAAGGUCAAAAAUUUGUCCGGUAACUAACCACGGAUUCAAAGUCGCUAAAGCAGAAACAUUAUCAUGCGUCUCUGGGGCUACAGAGAGCUGGGAGCCGGGGGUGAAUUGUGCGCAGCCAGCGGAGAAGGAAGCAAAGCCGGUGAUGGCGGUAGAGCAGGCCCCAACAACAGCGCUGGGAGGAGACAACAAUGGACUGGGACUGCUAGUCUCCGAGCCACACAAACCAGUAGUGAAACUACACGACAGCGCUAUACUAGGGACAACUGAGGAGAGUGCUGAUUUCCUUGGACAUGACGAUCUUCCCUCCUACGGUCUGGCUGUCACGCCGGACCACAUCAACGAGGAGGACGACGACAGAUCCUCACAUGCAAGCUCCAGCGACUGGACACCUCAACCGCAAAUAGGUUCCUACAGUUUCAUCCAGCAACACAUCAGAGAGACCGAUCCGAGGACCAUUCUGAGGGAUUUGCUGCCUGAGACUGUACUCCCACCAGAUUUAGACGACAUGACAUUGUGGCAGAUUAUCAUCAACAUCUCAGAACCUCCAAAAAGAAAGAAGCGGAAAGAUAUCAACACCUUAGAAGAUGUGGUCAGGCUACUCCAUGAAAGUAAAAGGAUCCUUGUGCUGACUGGUGCUGGGGUGUCAGUUUCAUGUGGAAUACCAGACUUUCGCUCCAGAGAUGGAAUUUAUGCACGGCUUGCUGUAGAUUUUCCUGAUCUUCCAGACCCUCAAGCUAUGUUUGACAUUGAAUACUUCAGACGGGACCCAAGACCCUUUUUCAAGUUUGCUAAGGAGAUCUACCCUGGUCAGUUCCAGCCGUCGCCCUGUCACAAAUUCAUAUCCAUGAUGGAUAAGCAGGGGAAACUGCUGCGCAAUUACACACAAAACAUUGAUACAUUAGAACAAGUGGCUGGAGUUCAGCGGAUUAUCCAGUGUCAUGGGUCGUUUGCAACUGCUUCCUGUCUCGUCUGUAAACACAAAGUGGAUUGUGAAGCUAUAAGGGAAGACAUCUUUAACCAGGUUGUCCCUCAUUGUCCACGGUGUCCAGAUAUUCCCCUGGCAAUCAUGAAACCUGACAUCGUCUUCUUUGGAGAGAAUCUUCCAGAAAUGUUCCACAGAGCCAUGAAGCAGGAUAAAGACGAGGUGGACCUCUUGAUUGUCAUUGGCUCUUCACUUAAAGUCCGACCAGUUGCCCUCAUCCCAAACUCCAUUCCUCAUGGAGUGCCUCAGGUCUUGAUCAAUAGGGAGCAGCUGCCUCACCUCAACUUUGACGUGGAGCUACUUGGGGACUGUGAUGUCAUCGUCAACGAACUCUGCCAUCGGUUGGGUGGGGACUUUGAGCAGCUCUGCUACAACACAGUAAGACUCACAGAGACCACGGAGAAACCCCCUCGGUUACCAGAACAGCCACCAGGUGAGGCUUUGCCUGCUUCCAGCGAUGCAGCUCGGGAGGAGCAGAAGCAGCACAGUACAGACUCCGUAACUAAGCCUUCAGAGGAGACAGAAAGUCCGAAUGUCACAGACACUGCUGGUAAUAAUGUUACACCUCCAGAGCCUUGUCUAAAUGCUCAGUGUCCCAGUGAAGAGACGGCUGAGCCCUCAGAGUUACCAUCAGAAGACGCACCAAAAGAGGAGGCCGCUGGAGUAAAGAGCCAAACCUCCAACCUUGAAUUUCGUAGACGAUGCUGGAUGAGUCAAAUCAACAGAAGUCCAAUCAGCAAACGCCUUGAGACAGGAAAAAUGCAUCAGGCCAGUACCUGUUUCAAGCACCAAAUCACUAUAUCUUCCAUGGGGCAGAGGUCUACUCUGACUCUGAAGACGAGACGUCGAGCUCCUGUGGAAGUGACAGUGACGAGUCUGAAUGCAGUGCAGAUGGGGCGGAAGAAGACAGCGAGCCAGAGGACGCCGACACAUUAGCAGCAGAUGAAGAGACAUGCCUAAGAGACACAAUACAACACACUUUAGCCAAUGAGGCCACGUCGAGUGUGCAGACAGACAAUACUUCUGAAAAAACUCAGAGCACCACACACCUUUAAAUGUAAAAUACCCAGUCGACAAAGCACUAAUUAUCUUUUUUUAUUAUUAUUAUAUAUAUAUAUAUAUAUAUAUAUAUGUUUCAUAUAUUUUUGACUCCUCGACCUUACUAUUAUUUUUCAUAAAGUUGAAAUUGUGUGACAACUUUUUGUGAAUAUGCAGCAAUUUUUAUUUUAUUUUUUUGUGUGUGUGUGUGUGUGUGUGUGCCCAGUUUGAUCACAUGCAUUGGGUCUGAAACCUCAUACUGUAUACCACACGCUAAAGAAUGCAGUAUUUCUUUUUUUUUUUUUAGGAUUUCUUUCGAUGUGCUCAUCUCAUUUUUAUUCACAUUUUGAGAAAUUCUUCUGUGACAUCCAUAUACAAGCAAACACUUCAAAUUUCUCAGCCCCUAGUGUGAAGUCAGCUGUGGUCUAAUGACGUUUAAAGUCGGUUCAUUGUUACCAUUGGGAAACAUGUACAUAUGAAAGCCGACUGCUAAAUAGUGGGUACUAUGAGUUUCAGACACAUACAUAAAUCUUCAGAUGGUUUACUUGAACACAUUGUCUAACUUGCAAUAUAAAUGUUCAGCUCUGUCCUUUUCAUGAGGGUAAAAGCUAGAAAAAAAGAACAGUACUCUUUAAUUUCAGACCAAAGAACACUUUAUCAACAUGCUCCUAUGUUGUCAUAAGCUUUGUAUGUUUAACCUGUCAUUUAAAUCUUGGAAAAAAUAUAACAAUUGAAAAGGUGUUCCUUCUGACAUGUGGCAGCUACUUUAUAUGCUCAAGCCUUAUUUUUAUACUCUGAUGUGAGACAUACUCAUCAAAGAGUAGAUGAUAGUUUAUAUCUGUAUGAAGUAAUACUAAGUUGUAAUAUUAAGCCUAAGAAAGAUAUUCAGAGUUCACAUUGAAAAAUGACACUCUUUCCCUUCUUAUAAAAGCGAUUUUCUUGCCCAUGUCACUUGUCAUAGAACAUAACGUUAAAACAGUUUCAUUGAUUAUACAGAGGAGUCUUCUGCCUGUUAAGAUUACGUUUUGGUAAAUAGACAUGUUUGAGCCAAUUUGUAGGAUAAAGGUCUACGCCAACACGUUCACAUACCAAUUACAAGGUAAUCUUUUGUUUACGGUUUAAGGAAAGAAGAAUUUUUUUUUUUUACAUCCUUGUUAUCUCUUCUGGGGUUCUCAGUAAAAAAAAAAAAGAAUGAAACACA